CUCCAUGCUAAUUACAAUAAACAAAUAUGCUGUUUAAUUAUGGUAUUGGAAACGGUACCGCAGCUGCUGAAAAGUAUCGUCAAUAGUUUUUCAUAUGCGAAGCGUUCUAAUGAAGACACAAUUAUUGACUAAUAACACAUCUAUAAAAUGUUUAAUUUAGUUGAUAUAUUCUGAAAAUAAUCAACUUAUCUCUUCAAAAGGCCAGCUAACCAAAUGCGGUAUAAAACUUUCCAGAACUCGAACCCUUUUGCUCUUUUAGCAAUCAUUUUUGCAUAUCGUCAUGCAAUAUGAAUAAAUGUUGUUGGCAAAUUUAAUUAUUACUUUUGUUCAUCGCAAUAUAAUAAACACCAAUAAAUCCAAGUCCAAAUAGCGAUUAUCAGAUUUGCUUAACAGUUAUUUCAUUUUGUAUGUAUGUUUAAUUAACACAUCACCAUAAUCCGUUAUUUCCCACAUGCAUGGGUCUUCAAAAAUAGUCUUUGACUGCGUCUUAUCGCAAUGAUUGUGGGCAAGCAUUUCCUAAUUUUUAUAGUAGUUUUACUUGCUAAGAUAGUAACUUGUGAUGAUGAUUAUACUGUAGUUAACUGGAAAUACCAUUUUCCUUCGGGGUCUGGAAUGGGGAUUUAUGCAGCUUUGGCUUUACCAGUUCCAGACUCUCCAGAUAUAGACUUAUUUUAUGCAGUUUUCUUCGAAGCAUAUUACAGUUUGCCAGAUAAUACAACAACCUAUGAGUUUCCUCCAUUAGUAAGCGACAGGGCUUUUGGUAGAAAGACAUUGUACGAGUCUAUCAAAGAAAAAUUGUUGUUAAAAGGGUAUCCAGGGAAAGAGUGCAUUUUAAAAGCUAUCUGCGAAGCAGCAGCCUACACAACUCUGCACGCUAACGGCGUUAUCGGCGAUUUAGUUCAUUUGCUGUUCACGCCAUCGUCAACGAAUAAUGGUGACGAAAGUUAUUUUGCUGAGUAUAAGGAAGCGGAAAAAAUAGGAUGGGAUACUCAAAACUGCAAAACAUAUAACAAUUGUCAAAUAAAUUUGUUGGAUAUAAUGAGUUUUAUAAAAUAGUUUUUUUGUUUGUUUU